AUGUCCUCCGAGGCGGACAGAUUCAUUCGAGAGGUCUGGGGCCUGCAAGGUGUUGCGUAUCUUGUAGUCGGCCUGCGGUACUACAGCCGCAUCUCUACGUUGGGAUGGCAAAAGUUUGCUUGGGACGAUGCUCUGAUGGGCCUCGCGACUCUUGCUUACACGGCCGAAUCAGUAGCAGCAUAUUUCGUCGUGGCAUACUGGAGAGGAUUGGCCAACAAUGGCAUGACAGACGAGCAGCGAGCCGCGGUAGACCCGGAAUCAGAAGAAUGGCUGUUACGGGUCAAUGGCUCCAAGACUCAUGUCAUCGGCCUUCUUCUCUAUACGACUCUCCUGUGGCUGUUGAAGGGAUGUUGGGUCGUCUAUUACUCACGACUGACUAAUGGUGUACACAACAUGAAACGGAUCAUGUUCUGGGCUGCAGUCAUCAUGCCAGCUACCUACGUCGCCUGUCUCUUGAUUGCUUUCUGCAAAUGCAUACCUUUCCAGAACCAAUGGCAGAUUAAUCCUUCACCAGGGAACUCCUGUAUGCCAGCAAUAUCAUUCGUUCAAACUAUUUUUGUUAUGGCGAUGAACACCGCUACCGACUUUUACCUUAUGGCCAUCCCACUACCCAUGGUUUGGAAGUCCCAUCUUCCCUGGCGGAAGAAGGCUACUCUCAUGAUCAUGUUUAGUGGAGGGUUUCUCGAGAUGGCGUUCGGUAUCUUGCGCUGCGUUUCCAUUCUUACUGUUGGCGAUGUCGACCCUGCGCAGUCCGGAUACUGGUCCGUCCGAGAAUCUUUCGUCUCCUUUGUGCUUACCAACAUGCCCAUGGUCUAUCCCCUCUUCAAGGGUGUCAUCGAAAAGAGCCGCAACCUGAGAACAAACAACAACAGCGCACUAAGCGACAGCAACGGCUACCGCCUCGGUAGCUACACGGUGAAACAAAGACCCAAGAGCGGAAGCCACCCACUGUCUAUUCCAAACGGGACAAAGUGGGGUUCCGACGAACACAUUGUCCCCGGCACCGCCGACAAGUCUAUCUCCGACGGUGAGGAGGCUUUCGUCAAAGCGUUUGACAGGGUAUAUCGAUGCCCUCAGAGUCCCUACUUACGGCAAGGUUUCAACGUUGCUAAGGUCGUAGCAGGGAAUGACCAAGGCCAUUUCCAAUCGAUGGAUGAAGGGAAUGUUCUGGCGAACGGUGAAAAGCACCAGAUUACGGUUACGACAGAGUACAUGAUAUCUAGAGCCACCCCAGAGCCUGAAAUGCAAGAAAGAGGACACCGUUGA